AUGAAGCUCCUGCUCGUCUCCACGCUCGCCUCUCUGGCGGCCGUCGCCAUGGCGACCCCGCUCACCCAGUGGGAAGACCCUUACCCUGCGCCAUGCGGUAGAUCGGUCCCCUCGGGGCGCUGCACGACCGAGGCGACGUGCAUCCGCAAGGGGGGCUUCUAUGUCGGCAGGGACUGCACCUUCUACGACGUCGGGGAUAUCGGCUGCUGCUACGACAUUCCAGAUGGGAACUCUCCGAGAGGGCUAGACAACCAGUGA